GACGCAGCAGCUCCUCUGCGCGCGCACCGGACGAUCCAUGUAUGGAGCGGAGCGUGACCGGAAUUCCUCCUGAUGGAGCUCCUCCAUCACUUUAAUGUUUGAAUCUCCGUGAGCGUGAAGGAGGCGGGAAGCACGUGCUGAUGUUUGGCGUUGAUUUGUUUCCACGUGUCGUCACGGCUCCUCCACCAGCUCCCUGUUGUUGUUGUUGUUGUUGUUGUUGUUUGGCUCUUUAAAGUCCAUAUAUGGGUAAUGACGUCACGGGACACCCAGAGAUCCCCCCAUCACGUCCUUUAUAACCCACAAUGCACCGAUCCAGCAGAUACUUACUGAGGGAAACCUCCAUCAUGUCUGAGAGUCUGAGGCAUCAGGCAGCAUGAGCGCGAGGCUGCUGGAUCAGGUGUCGGUGUCUCUGCGCAGCCAGGUGGAGGCAGGUGCGGUUGUGUUUAAGGAGGAGGCUGUAGGUGAAGAGGAGCAUGGCGGUGGUGAUCACGGCUCACCUGAGCUCGGCGACUUGGCGCACUACCUGGCAACUUUACGCGCGCAUCCGGUGGCGUUUACCGGCAAGUUCUCGGUGGAUUCCAGAGGUGCGGGAGCACCGUGGACACCUGGGGACGUCAUCAACGUGGUCAGCGCUGACAUCGCCGUCCCGGAGUCACCUUCAGCAUCACCUGAGAUCUACACAGGUGGAGGAGGAGGAGGAGGAGGAGGAGCGGACGCAGGGGACGGUGCCAUGGCGCACGGCCAGCCGGACAUCAGCCACAUGUACGCGCCCCCUCAUCCACACCCACACCCCCACCCGGCCCCGUCCUACUGCAGCGCGGAUAUGUACCAGGAUCCGUCAGCAGGGGGGUACCUGGCGACCUCCACCUGCGCCGUGUCCUACCACCCGCCCCCGUCCUACAGCUCGGUGCCCAAACCGACCGUGGACGGCGCCGCGCUGCUGUCCAUCAUGCCCGAGUACGGAGGCUUCUACCAGCAGAGCUGCCAGAGAGACCUCCAGAGCGGCUUCCCGGAGCGGAAGUCCCUCCCGUACCCGCUGGACCCCCUCCGGGUGCCUCCGCCUCUCACGCCGCUCAACACCAUCAGGAACUUUACGCUUGGCGCGCCAUCACCGGCUGCCGACGGCCCGAUGGCCGCCGCUUUCCCCGGCCACCAGAACCUCCCACUCAGGCCCAUCCUAAGACCCAGGAAGUACCCGAACCGACCGAGCAAGACGCCCGUCCACCAGAGGCCGUACCCGUGCCCGGCGGAGAGCUGUGACCGCAGGUUCUCCCGGUCGGACGAGCUGAGCAGACACCUGCGCAUCCACACCGGCCACAAACCUUUCCAGUGCCGCAUCUGCAUGCGCAACUUCAGCCGCAGCGACCACCUCACCACCCACAUCCGCACGCACACCGGGGAGAAGCCGUUCUCCUGCGACCAGUGCGGGAGGAAGUUCGCCCGGAGCGACGAGAGGAGGCGGCACAUGAAGAUCCACCUCCGGCAGAAGGAGAAGAAGUCCUCCGCGUCCUCCUAAUCCUCACCGCGCACGGAGCUCCACGCAUGCUGCUGAAUGUAAACUCUGAAUCACGCAGCCAACAGCCCGCGACUCCACCCUGAAGCUUAACUUAUAUGAGAUGUAAAUGUCUCCAUCUCCUCAGGGAUCAAAGUAACAAUCCAGGUGAGCCGCACCUGAAGGUGGGGGCUUUACUGCUGCUGACGGUGGUUCGGUUUCCAUUGAUGCACAAAAAAAAAACACAAAGUCACACAAAAAAGAUUCCUGAUGGAGCAGCUCCACCUUCACAAACCGAUAUUUAAAGCCAGGCUCAGUGUUUUAUAUGACACACUGUAAAAAGUGUUAACACUGUUUUUACGGUAAAAACAACAACAACUGGCAGCUGUGGUUUACAGAAUUUUACCGUAAAUAUACGGUAUAACUUUUUCUAAUAUUAGUACUGUUCAUUUUACAGUUACCACAUAAAUACAAGUUUUUUCAUCAAA